UUCACCGUACCUCCCCUCCUGUUUUUCCCAUCCAAGAUCGAGAGGGGAGAGAGAGGCGGCGGCAUCCUGCGUAGGAGCGAGCGACGCCGACGUCGUGCGGCGGGGCCAGCGGCGCCCGUUGCUUCCUACCUUCUCCGUCCUUCUCCCCCCAUCCCUCCUCUCGCCGGCCCCCUCAUCUUCUUCAGAGCCGGCGGCGGCAACCUACUACAGCGCCCUAGUGCCCUUCUCUCUCUCGUCUGCUGCUGCUCCGCGCAUCCUCCGUCAUCCUCCUUAGCCAAGGAAUUAUAUUUGGUGACGAUGAACCGCCGGUUUCUUCAUGUGUUGGUCAAAGACUUCACCAAUCAUCCCUGCCCCUACGCACUGCACAGCAUCAACGCUUCAGGCCUUUUCUAUCCAGCAGCAGUGAGGCCGAAUGGAUCAGGAGAAGGUACAAAACUAGAGGAAGACUACCUGCCUGACCGCACUGUGUCCUUCCAUCAUCCCAGCGGCAGUGGAGGCAGCAUGCAGUUCAUGUCUCUCGGCCAGAGCAACAACGCCAUUAUCGGUGUUGACAAUGAGUGCCGUACCAUCCUUUACAACACCGAGUGGCACUCCAUACGCACAAUGCCCAGUAUGCACGGUUGCAAAUGGUCUCCUCCGGUAUCACUUGCAGUGAACAACAGCCUGUACGUCAUGGAGUUGUAUCCUCGGCAAGAUGGCCAUGUCUCCUUUGAGGUGCUCGCCUACGGCAGCCAGCAUGCAUACGGCAGCCAGCCCGUCUAUGGCAGGAUGCCCAGCAAGCCCAGCAGAGCGUACCGGGAGGACUGGUACUGGCGCUCUCUCCCACCACCUCCCUAUGUGCACUAUCAAGGAUAUGAAAAGGACGAGGCGCCGCCGGGCUACGACAUUUCCGUCGAACACCCUUGCAAGAUCACGGCGACUGCGGUGGUCGGUGGCGGCUCCGGCUCGAGCAUCUGGAUAUCGACAGCCGGUGUCGGUACUUUCGCCUUUGACACGGCGAAUGAUACAUGGACCAAGCGGGGCGAUUGGGCUCUGCCGUUCCGUGGCAACGCUGAGUACGUCGCCGAGCACGGCCUCUGGUUCGGCCUCUCAAGUCAGGGUGAUGACUUGUUCUGUGCCUCCGAUAUCGCAGCAGCAUCAGUAUCACCACCGGUGGUGCUGGACGCGUGGGGGUUGGAUCAUCUAGGGGUGACAACGUCGCGCAAGUGCUACCAUAGCAAGUCCUACCUGGUGUACCUGGGCAAUGGCAGGUUCUGCGUCGGCAGGUUGUUCCAUGUUGAGGAGGGUGACACGGAAACGGAGAGGUUUGUGGUGUUUGAUGGGCGUGGAGGUGGAGGAGCGAAGUGAUGGUGGUGACAGCAGGGUGCUCAGGAUGAUCAAGCACAGGUCCAAGCGUUACCGUCUCAGUGCCUACAUGACGAUCAAUCUGGUAGCUUGAUCGAGUGCCUUUGAUUAUCGGCGAUAUCCUAGCAGAGGAGACUCUACCUCUACCAUCUCCAUGACGGGGCGGAAGAGAUCGGCGUAGACGACGGUGGUAGUGGCGGCGGCGCCGGGGUGCUUGGACCGGAGCUCGUGCAGCGCGUCCUGGAGCAGCGAGUUGUGGUGGGAUAGGGGGGUCUUCUCCUCAGCCCGAUGCCGUCCUCCUCACAGUCGAUGCCGUCCUGGUUGGCUUCCUCUCGGUGUCCGUAGCAGUCGUCUUCGCCUCACCGGCCGCCAUUCUUUCCUCCAUGGCGACGCCUGCUGCCACCUUCCUGGACUUCGAGACGGUGGAGGGGCCUUCCGUUGGCCGGCGCAAAGGAGCCCAUCAUUUCCCAUGUUGUCGUUGCCGUCGUAGCUCCCAUGUCGGUUGGGGGUGAUUGAAUCAAGUGGGACAGCUCCCAUGUCGCCGAGAGAAAGAAGAGGAAGAUCCGAGGGUGGAGAGGGAGAGGGGAGGGGAGCCGGCGAGAACGAGCGAGGCGGCCAGGCGGGCUGUGACCUUGGCCGGUGAGCUCGCCCGCCACCGCUCCGCCCGCCGCCGCUCCCGCCACCCCUCUGCUCCGUCCGCCGCCUGUCACCCCCUCUGCGCCCCUCCGCCUAUCACCCCCUCCGCGCCGCCGCUCGCCUUCUUGUAGUGUAAGGGAGAGAGAGAGGGAAUAGAGACUAGAGAGGAGGGAGGCUGACAGGUGGAACCACAUGAUUUUUUGUGUAACUGACAUAUGGGUCCCUUGAUUUUUAUUGUUUUUUGGAUAAAA